AUGGAGGUCGGAGGCAACGGUGGUGGGCUAGCUGUAAACAAUAAACAGAGAGCAAUGCUACCAAACAAGAGUAAGGGAGAAUUCACACGCAACCAGAGAAAGGAUUCAGAGGGCCUGUCUGAGACACCAGACCUGGAGUUUGAAUAUGCCGAUACAGACAAGUGGGCUGCGGAGUUUUCAGAACUGUACAGUUAUACUGAAGGGCCGGAAUUCUCUCUCAAUAGAAAAUGUUUUGAGGAGGAUUUCAGAACACAUGUGUGUGAUAAGAAGUGGACAGAGCUUGAUGCACCUCAUCACAGGGCGCAUGCCAUGCGGCUGCUGGACGGACUGGAGGUGACAGCUCGCGAGAAGAGGCUGAAGGUCGCUAGAGCCAUUCUUUACAUGGUGCAAGGAACCUUUGGCGAGUGCAGUUCUGAGGCCGAAGUCCAGCAUUGGAUGAGAUACAACAUUUUCUUACUUCUAGAAGUGGGGACUUUUUCUGCCCUGGUAGAACUGCUCAACAUGGAAAUUGACAAUAGUGCCGCUUGUAGCAGUGCUGUCAGAAAACCGGCCAUCUCGCUUGCUGAUAGCACAGAUCUCAGGGUGCUGCUAAACAUCAUGUACCUGAUGGUAGAAACCAUUCAGCAGGACGACCCAGCUGACUUGGCCGAAUGGAGAAUUAUCAGGGAAACGUUUAGAGCGGAACUGGGUUCUCCCCUAUACAACAACGAGCCAAUUGCAGUCAUGCUGUUUGGGAUGGUUACCAAGUUCUGCAGUGGCCAUGCACCCCACUUCCCUAUGAAGAAGGUGUUGCUGCUGCUGUGGAAGAGCAUACUGUUUACACUCGGAGGGUUUGAGCAACUUCAAACCAUAAAGGUCUAUAAGCGUGAGAAGCUUGGUCUUCCACCUUUGCCGGAGGACAGCAUUCGGGUCGUACGCAGUAUGAGAGCGGCUUCCCCUCCUGCCUCAGCCUCCGACCUCAUAGAGCAGCAACAAAAAAGGGCGCGACGUGAACACAAGUCACUGAUUAAACAAGACAACCUGGACGCAUUCAAUGAAAAGGACCCUUACAAGGCGGAUGACAGCCGUGAGGAUGAGGACGAAAAUGAUGACAAUGACAAUUCAAUGGAAGCCGAGACUUUCCCAUUGGAAAGGGAUGAAGUUAUGCCUCCACUCAUCCCUCAUCCUCCAUCAGAGAGGGUGUCCUUCCCCAAAGGGUUGCCGUGGGCCCCUAAAGUCAGGGAAAAGGACAUUGAAAAUUUCCUUGAGUCGAGUCGAAGUAAAUUCAUAGGUUACACACUUGGAAGUGACACAGACACCGUUGUUGGCUUACCCAGGCCCAUUCACGAGAGCAUCAAGACACUAAAGCAGCACAAAUAUGUCUCCAUAGCUGAGAUUCAGAUUGCAAAGGAGGAGGACUUUCAGAAAACACCAAUAUCAGGGGGAGAAGAGGAAGUGGAGAUGUGUGCCACAGAGUUGCUCUAUCAGGGAAUCCUACCCACAUUACCUCAGUACAUGAUCGCUCUGUUAAAGAUUCUCCUUGCGGCAGCUCCGACGUCUAAAGCCAAGACUGAUUCCAUCAACAUCUUGGCAGAUGUGCUGCCGGAGGAGAUGCCGACCACUGUGUUGCAGAGCAUGAAACUCGGUGUUGAUGUCAAUCGACACAAAGAGAUCAUUGUGAAGGCAAUCUCUGCCAUCCUACUGCUGCUCCUCAAACAUUUCAAACUUAAUCACAUCUACCAGUUUGAGUAUAUGGCUCAACACUUAGUGUUUGCCAAUUGCAUCCCCCUCAUUUUGAAGUUCUUCAACCAGAACAUCAUGUCUUACAUCACAGCUAAAAACAGCAUCUCAGUGCUGGACUUUCCGUACUGCGUGGUACAUGAGCUCCCUGAAUUAACAGCAGAGAGUUUGGAAGCGGGAGACAACAACCAGUUUUGCUGGAGAAACUUGUUUUCCUGCAUUAACCUUCUGAGGAUCCUCAACAAACUGACCAAGUGGAAGCACUCAAGAACAAUGAUGCUGGUGGUCUUCAAAUCUGCUCCCAUCCUGAAGAGGGCGCUCAAGGUGAAACAAGCCAUGAUGCAGCUGUAUGUCCUUAAGCUGCUCAAAGUACAGACCAAAUAUCUUGGACGCCAGUGGCGGAAGAGCAACAUGAAAACUAUGUCGGCCAUUUACCAGAAAGUCCGACAUCGGCUUAAUGAUGACUGGGCCUACGGAAACGAUCUGGAUGCACGUCCCUGGGACUUUCAGGCCGAGGAGUGCGCCCUACGUGCCAACAUUGAACGCUUCAACAGUCGCCGUUACGACAAAAAUCAGAGCAACCCGGACUUUCUUCCAGUGGACAACUGCCUGCAAAGUGUCCUGGGGCAGCGGGUGGACCUGCCCGAGGAUUUUCAAAUGAACUAUGACCUCUGGCUGGAACGAGAGGUCUUCUCCAAACCUAUUUCAUGGGAAGAGUUGCUGCAAUGA